AUGAUAAAAGCCGUUAUCAUCGCUCUUGUUGCCUGUCUGGCUAUUGCCGCCGCCAAUCCAUUCUACGGAUACGGAUACGGCAUUCCUGUCCAUUACGGUAUUGGUAUCGGGUACGGACAUGGUAUGGGAUACGGAUACGGUAUUGGUAUGGGAUACGGACAUGGUAUGGGAUACGGACAUGGUAUGGGAUACGGACAUGGUAUGUAUGGAGGUUUCGGUCUGGGAUUCGGAUACGGAGGAUUCGGUCACGGGAUUGGAAUGUACGGAGGAUACGGCAUUGGACACGGCUUCGGACAUGGAAUCGGAAUGUAUGGCAAAUGUUUUGACUCGAUACAAUAG